GACGCUCCGUGGCGUGACGCAGGAGCCAUCAGCUGUUUAUGUUUUGCUCCGGUUUGUUAGGCUGUGUGUUCGUUAGGAAACGUAAAAAAGUGCGCGUAUUAAGCGUUUAUUAACACAACCGCAGUAAACCGUGUCUCGUGUUUAUGUGCGCGUGUUUAUGUCCGUAGGUCUUCGGCAGUGUGAGACGGCUCCAGCGGAUCCGGGGGCUCCGGUGAAGGAGGGGCCGGGCGGAGGUCGCUGGAGUUCGGUAUGGAGAGCGGAGAUGGAGGCGGAGGAGCCCGAGGCCCGGAACUGCGCUGCGCCUCCUUUAACCAGGACUCCACCUCGCUGGCUGUGGGAACUAAGGAAGGUUACAGACUGUUCUCGGUCACCGCCGUGGAUAAACUGGAGUGCAUUCACGAAAGCGCCGAGAAUCCGGACGUCUACAUUGUGGAGCGUUUGUUCUCCAGCAGCCUGGUGGUGGUGGUGAGUCACUCGAUGCCGCGGCGCAUGAACGUCUACCACUUCAAGAAAGGAACGGAGAUCUGCAACUACAGCUACUCCAACUCCGUGCUCUCCGUGCGCCUCAACCGACAGAGGCUGGUGGUUUGUCUGGAAGAGUCCAUUUACAUCCACAACAUAAAGGACAUGAAGCUUCUGAAGACUCUCCUGAACACACCAUCUAAUCCCUCAGGUCUCUGUGCUCUCUCUAUCAACCAUUCCAAAUCUUACCUGGCAUAUCCUGGCAGCGCCACCAUCGGAGAAAUCACUAUUUAUGACGCCAACAAUCUGAACACAGUGACCGAGAUUUCAGCUCACGACAGUCAGUUAGCCGCCAUCACCUUCAAUGCCUCAGGCACCAAACUGGCCAGCGCUUCAGAGAGGGGCACAGUGAUUCGAGUGUUCUCCAUUCCGGAAGGACAGAGACUGUUUGAGUUCCGCAGAGGAAUGAAAAGAUACGUGAACAUCAGCUCUCUGUCCUUCAGUCCUGAUGCUCAGUUCCUGUGUGCUUCGAGCAAUACUGAGACGGUCCACAUCUUCAAACUAGAACAGCAUGGACAUGGUGGGGAGGAGGAGAACCCCUCGUGGUCAGCGUAUGUGGGGAAGAUGUUUUCUGCAGCGAGCAGCUACCUGCCAGCGCAGGUUUCAGGAAUGAUGAGUCAGGAUCGAGCGUUCGCCACGGUCCGCCUUAACACACAAGGCCACAAACACACCUGCACUUUAACAACAAUCCAGAAGCUUCCGCGGCUUCUCGUAGCCUCGUCUGAAGGGCAGCUCUUUAUUUAUAACAUCGACCCUCAGGACGGGGGCGAGUGCAUGCUGGUACACACACACAGGCUGUUAGGAUCGGAAGACAAAGCCGAGGUGUCUGAGGGAACAGUGGCUCCUUCUUACGCUGCCACAGCAGCCAUUGGCACCUGCGGACCUGCUUCUGCCACACUAACCGGCUAUUCCGAGGAUGGAGGAGUGAUGAAGGGCGAGGUGAUUCCAGAGCACGAGUUCGCCGCCGGUCCCGUGUGCCUGGAUGACGAGACCGAGUUUCCUCCAGUGAGCAUUCAGACCCCAUAAAUCGGUGUCUUGGUGGAUCUCGUCGUGGCAGAACCGGCCAUCUGUGAGAACCUUCACGCCGGAGCGGGACGACCCUCGGCACACGAGCCGGAACUAAUUAAAAGCGUUUCAGGAAUAAUUAACCCAGAUCCCGGACUAACCUAAGUGAUUUCAGGGUGCUAACAUGACGAGCAGAGAGAGAGAGAGAGGGAGCAUCAGGAGGGUGUGCUGGUUGUUGCUCGCUCUCCUGAAGGGUGUGUUAUAUGCAUGAACAAACCGUAGCCACAGACACGACACACGGUUCACCAGGAUGUAAAACUGUAGCAUCGUGUUCUGUUCUGUUACGUUCUAUGAUACUCUAUUGUAAUUCUGUUGUUUUAUUCGUUUUUCUUUAACAUGGUCAUAUUUACAGAAGGAAUUUUGUUUUCUGUUGUUGUUUCGAACGUGUACUUGCUGUAUUAAUACCUAAUCCAUGUUUACACGUCAUCGUCCUGAACACUAAUACAGCAGGAUGUGCUUUUAAAUGUACGUGCCUAUGAUUUUAUUUGUAUUUUACGGAGUUGCUGGAAGACCAAAAAAAAGAAAUAAAGAAAAAAGCAUAAAUAAAAAAAAGAGACUGUAGAGACUAGGAAUAAAAUUAUGCAAAGCA